UGCAGACGACGCUGCCUGUGUCCAGAAGAUGAAGCCUCUUGACAGGCAAACUAGUAUAAAAACCUGUAAAUAUAUGCAUUUAGAGCUUUGGCUUUCACAUAUUUUUGCUGCAGCUUCCAUAUCUAUCAGCUGGCAUCUAUGUGGCAGUAGAGGGUGUAUUAAGGCAAGUUUUGCUGCGCCUGAUGAUGGACCAGUCACCUCCACCCGAAAUAGAUUUGGCGAGUUUCCUGUAGUUGGCGAGACCAAGACAGUGAGUGUGUGAUCCUGCUGUAGGCCAGGGAGGAGGAAAUAUCUCCUGCAGAGACGCCACCCCCCGCCAAGAUGCCCACGGCAGCCUCCUCAGCAACGAAAAAGGCACGACCCACCCACCAGUACCAAAGGUCGCCCAUCGAAAAGGGCCGGUGGGCAGCCAAAGGCACCAAGCCACUGCCUGAACAAGCUACUGUUCAAUAAGUUCUAAGUUUAAUUGUCGUUCAUGGCUGUCGUAAAGUCCUUUUUAUCCAGACAGAAGUAAAAAUUAUGUUGUAUUCUAUUGGACUUUUCUUUGGAUCACUUUUAUGUGAUUUCCUUCCCUUACCAAAGGCUUACAUGGGACAAAAAGAUAAUAUAUUCAAUGUAUAUUUUGUCAAAGUUGGCUGGGCUUGGACGAUUCUUGUGGUGGGAGCUUUCAUUCUCUUGACCAGUGCUACAAUUGGUUGUGGUCAUCGAGAAAUUGUCAAAAGACAUAUGUCUAGAUUAAUUGUUGGUACAUGUUUGUGGUUCUUCUGGAGUCAGUGGUUCUUCAGUUUUAUUGAAAACCGAACAGGUUCUUGCCUUGGGAAAGCAAUAAUAAGAAACAAGUAUGAUUGUAAUAGCGGAGGUUUCCACUGGCAUUCCUUCGAUAUAUCAGGGCAUGCCUUCCUACUUGUCUAUAUCAACUUACUUAUUGUGGAAGAGGCAAAGGCCAUCGUGGGUUGGGAAGGUAUUCGUGAUCAGAUACGAAUAGAGGGUCACAAUCGUGGAGACACUCAAAGUCACUCCAUUGAGAAUAAAACACCUUUGGAGGGUCUUUCAGAAGAAGAAAUGGUUAUACUUAAG